UGUCAUCGCCGAAGAUGAUUGAACGGCCAUGACCACAGAUUUUCACGCCUGGAAAGAAGUGAUUUUUUACGUAUCACAGCCUGAACCCCGAUGCGAAGUUUAUCGGCGAAAAGACGAACAGAAAGGAUCCAUUUGAAUGCGGAGACGACGAGGCGGGCGCCCGGGCUUUGGAGAUGUGUGCUACCCAGAACCCAGCUGUGCCCCUGGACCGAGUCUGUCCGGCGACCCCCGCAAACAUUCACGAGAACCAGAGCUGAUUUAGAUGAAUGAGCCAAAAUGAAGAAGACUGUUGGGUUGUAGUUUCUCUGAGACGUCGCUGAUACCCUUAAAACAAUGUCUGUCUCCACGGUUUUGGCAAAGGCGCUGUUCGACAACGCAGCGGAGAGCCCAGAGGAGCUGGCUUUCAGGAAAGGAGACAUCCUAAUGGUUCUUGAACAGGAGCAGAGCGGCGGGCCAGGCUGGUGGCUCUGCUCCCUUCACGGCAGACAGGGCAUCGCCCCUGCCAACCGCCUUCGACUCCUCCAGACCGCCCCUCCCCCGGGCUCGGACCCCGGUCUUGGUCCCGCUGAGGACUCUGUCUACCUCACACCUGGACUGGCACGGACGGCUGUGAGCAGCAGUGCAGAGGACAUAGACGGAGUGUACCGCUCCCCCCCUGCUGUGGGCGAGGGACGAGGAACUGGAGCCGCCUCCAGAACUGGGGAGCUACGCAGAGUGGAGGCUGGACGUCCGCGUUCGCAUUCCAGCUCAGGCACGCGACCCAGACCUGAAUGGGAUCUCGGGGUGGCGGGGCGUCCUCGCUCACCCUCUUUGAGAGGAAGAGGAACAGAAAUGACUGGCACACUUUAUCAGACUCCAGUUAGUCCAAUGCCUCUAAGGCAACAGGGAUCGCUCACGGCUUCAGAGUCCGUGUACCUCGCCCCCAUUGGAGUACCCAGGGCGGCUGAUGAACCAGAAGACACUACAUAUCUGGUCCCAAGAGAGACAAUAGGACAGUCAGAUGACUGUUACCUGGUGCCCAAAGGGACACCACUUGCAGGUGAUGAAGUUUACCAAUCCCCCACAGGAGGAGUCGUCUGCUCUAACGGCCCCUCGAUGGUAAGCGGAUCGUCUGGUACCCCAAAGCCCAAAGUCAGCCAGGACACUCCUGGGAUGUACCAAACCCCCACCCCUGUUGGAUCAAACCUUCACCGGACUCCAGCCACAGUUUUAGCCCACCAGCACCCAUCGUCAUUAUCCCCUGCCCAAGCAUCUCCCAGACCUCUGCAGAAGGGCGUCUCCCCAAACCCCAAUGUUUCCAGGGGAAAACCCGGCCUGGCCUGUCACCGGGGGUCCCCUUUGUUGGUAAGAGCGGGGCAGGGCAGAGUUCCCGGGUCGCCCAAUUUUACCCGCAAACCGCCUCCGCCAGCACCUCCAGUGAGGGGAGUCACCAGGAAGGACGCGCAACAAACACAGGCUGCAUCAGCUGAUUCCAACUCCGUGCCUAAACCCUCGGCUCAAGCCUCCUCUGUGAGCCUGCUGCAGCAAGAAGCAGACAGACAGAGGACGGCUGCUCAGAGUAAAGAGGAGAGGAUGAAUGGCCUGGAGAGGAGCAACAAUGCGCAGAACAAAAAAGGAGAAAGUCAGGAUUACUCAGACGAUGUGGACGACCAGGUGUAUGAUACCCCUCCAAGUGGCAGGUGGCAGCGUCCUGUCCCGUCUGCCAUCGGGGACGACGACGGCAUCUACGACACCCCUCGCAGUGUCCCACCGCAAGCGGACUCUGAGAACGAGGUGUAUGACGUCCCCACCAUCUCCCUAAACGGGUCCGUAUCCGAUGUCCAGGCCGAGGAAGGUGAUGAUGAAGUGUACAGUGUCCCCACGCUCCCAGGUGUUCCUCUGGGUCCCGGGGAGUCCAUGACCAGCCUCCCUGGAGAGGAAGUCACCCAGGUCGCACAGCUUUACCGAGUCCCUGGACCCGACAAACGCGCCAGCGCAGGAAGUCACAAACGAGACUCUUCUGAGCCUGACUGCGGCAUCUACGACAUGCCCGCGUUGACUUCUGAAAUCCUUCCGCACUCGUUGUCGUCCUCCUCCACCUCCACCCGCCGCCUCUCUGUUUCCAGUAACGGUUCGGGGGACGUGCAGUGGCGGGCGUCUCUUUCCGGCCUCAUCCACUCUGUGCUGAGCGUGGCCUCCUGCCCGCCUUCUGCUCUGUCCUCUCGGGACCUGGCCACCUCGCUGGCUGAAAUCUUGUCCACCUGGAAAGCGAACCACUCGGACGAUCCCCCGCCCCCUCUCCAGCAAGCGUGGGCUCGCCUGUCGGACCUUCUGCCGGCGCUAUCCGCCGUCGGCAACGCUCCCCCGUCGGAAGGACUCCUGCUGCUGGUCCAACGCUCCCUCGAGGAGAGUGCCCUCCUCCUGCAGGCUCAGGGCCGCCCCCGUCUGCCUUCCCAAGAUUCCUUGUCCCGCCGGCCGCUGCCCGCGCUUCCUGUGCCCGACGGGAAAUCCUCAGGAGGUGGGAUGGGCUCCCGUAAAGGAAGCUGGAUCCAGGAGAGGCCCCUGCCCCCGACCCCUCAGCCUGCCUUCCCCUUACCUCCAUCGACUGUGACGUUGACAGUGGGACCGGUCGAUGGAGACGACGACCCAAGCAAUGAAUAUGCGGGGAUCGGCUUGACCCCAAUCCCUGCACCCGUACCUACUGGAGACAGUGUUGGAUAUGUCAAACUGCAGGGUAAACCUGAGCCUCCGCCUGACAGCCUGACUGAGCACGGACAAACUAUCACUGCAGAGCUCAGGUUGAGCCCAUCCCCCGCUCUCCCCAUGUCCCUCUCCCUGGAGGACUCGGAGCUGCUCUCCUUCUACUCGUCUCAGAGCCUCGCUCACCUCUCCUGCCUGGCAGACGCCAUCGACGUGCUCUUCAGCAGCGUGCAGGGGAACCAGCCUCCCCGCAUCUUCGUCGCCAGAGGGAAGAGUCUCAUCGUGACGGCGCACAAGCUGGUGUUUAUCGGCGACACGCUGUCUCGACUUCUCACCUCUGCCGACCUCAGAGCCAAGAUCACGACCUCCGGGGGGCGACUCUGCCAGGCCUUAAAAGCGGUCGUGGUGGCAACGAAGGGCGCCGCACAGAACUACCCGUCAGUAUCUGCUACCCAGGAGAUGGUGGACCGCGUGGCUGAGCUCUCCCAGCAAGCGGCCGGCUUCUCCACUCUGCUACAGCGUCUGGCAGAAAUAGCAUCAUGAUAUUUUAUGUCCCUCAACGUAAAAACAAAACAAACAAACUUUGUUUACACUACACACAUAUUUUCUCUUCUCUUAGAAAUGCCUUAUUUGUUGUACGAGUCUUUCAUUACCUUCGGUUGGAUUGGGAUUGAAGCAAGCUAUUUUGCUGUUACUAAACUGGGAUUUGACUGUUCAGUCCUCAAAGUGUGUGUUGGUUUGCCUUUUUGUUUAUAUACUGACCUCUGUGCUUUGAUGCCGGGCACACUUGUCUUUCUUUUGAGUGUUAACUUAUUGAAUAUUUGAAGCUUCCCUGUGGCUUUGAGUGUCCUCGUGGACUGUUUAUCUUGGGAGCUUUGCUUUAUUAUGUUUGCCAUAUUUUCCUCUCUUCACAUGAUACCCUGUUUUUUCCUUCCUUCCUUUAUUUAUUCAGCCAUCCCCCCCCUUCU